AUGGACGGCGUGCUGAUUUGCAGGGUUUCAGAAGAUGAGACCGUCUCUUUGCGACAUUCCGUGCUGUGGCCGAAUCAUCCUGUAUCGCAUGUGCUCUUACCUGAGGACUCUAACGGCUUUCACUACGGCGCAUUCCUGCCCUCUCACAGUUUACCGGUCGCAGUCAUCUCCUUAUUCAAAGACAAUCUGUCUGUUAGCGAUCAUCUGAAUGGCGACGAGCGUCGGACCGUGCUUGCGGCCCGCUUUCGAAAGUUCGCCUGCGACCCAUCGCACCGUAACCGCGGGAUUGGAACAAAGCUACUGCAGCACGCCUUCGCGAUGGCUCGCUCUGAGAUGGAUUGUGAUGUGAUCUGGUGCGACGCCAGGGUAUCUACUGCGGAGUGGUAUGAACGCAGAGGGAUGGCUCGCUUUGGGGAGGUAUUCUACAAGGAAGACAUUCCCUACAUUCGCAGGAAGGCGACUCUCUAUGAUAAUGCUCGCCAAUUAUGA